ACAGCAGAUGGCGGUAUAUCACCACAAGCGUCGUUUAUUACUCGACAUUAAAAAGACGGAAGUUUGUAUCGAAACGUAAAAGCUCGGUGGUUUGCAACUUGUCCAGGUAAACAUGGCGAAGGUUCCUUUGGGAAAAGUGCUGCUUCGUAAUGUCAUCCGGCACACAGACGCCCACAACAAGAUCCAGGAAGAGUCGGAGAUGUGGAAGCUGAGGGACAUGCAACUACAUACUCCAUCUCCUCAUGAGUCAAAGCACAGCUGGAGCACAAGAAGCAUGCACUGUGACCGAUAUUUGAAAGAGUCGGGAGGAUCUGCGCAUGGCAAAAGCGCGUGUCUGUCUGAGGGGGAAGAACGAGAGGCUCGUUACUGGACACGGAAACUUUAUGAAUUUAAUGCCAAUGAUCCGGACCGAUGGGGUCAUAGUGGGUUUAAGGAGCUUUACCCAGAGGAGUUUCAGUCAGACAGGGAAUCACGUGAUGCUAAACACAAAGAUGCUCAAAACAAAAGAAGAAUAAGAAAUCCUCUAAGCGAAAGAAAAAGAAAAAGAAAAAGAAGCAGAGGACCGAAGGGUCGGACUCGGAGUCCGAGAGCUGCGCGAGCGACGGCGCCAAAAGUAAGGAAAUGCGGCAAAAGCAAACACCGCAGGAAAAAGGCCCACAAACGCAAAGCGACCGAUGAGGACAGCAGCACAGAGGACAUCGAAUUGAACAAAGGGCGAGAAAAGGCAAAGAGGAAAAGACACAGACCCGUAACAGACACGCAAACAAAGCCGGAAAGGAAGAAAAGGAAGAACUGGAAAGCGGCGAAUGAAGAAAAAUCGGAGGAGAGCUCUGAGGAAUGACUCGCUCCACCAUGAUCAUUUGUGUGGGUCAUUUUAUCAGAUGCCUUCAUUAGCGUGCAGUCUGAUCUUCAUACCUCACUACUUGAUGGAACUUACUGUUAUUUUUACUCAUGCUGUAAACUUGGUUUUUAUAUCGUUUUACUGAAUCAGACACGUCACCGUAUAACGUUUUUAUAUACAUUUUUGCUGGAACAAUUUCUUUAAAACUCAAAAACUCAGGUAUUUUAUGAUAUUAUGGUAAAUAACAAAAUUGAAGAUGGAUGAUAAAGAAUCUCCCGAGUACAUUGGGACAAUGAA